ACCCCAUUACCGCCAUCCUCCAUCGCAAUCGCCAAUCAAUCCAUUGCCCCUCCAACACACGCCAAAAUGCCUCUUCUCGGAAGGAAAUUCCCGGCGCAAAUCGCCAAGCCCAUGUGGCCCUUCUACAUUUCCGGCCUCGUCAUCCUCUACGGUGUCAACUCUGCCGCGAACGCCAUGGCUCAAGGCGAGGAGUACAAGAACGACCCGCGAAACCCGGCCGUCAAGAACCAGGCGCCAAACCACUAAGCCGGAUAAUGGGCCAUGCCAGGAGGGGUCUUGAGACAUACAAGCGUCACGAGAGGCGGUGUACAAUAGCCGUGGGAGCACGAUGAAUCGUGGUCAAUCGAGAUCUCGAGCCGAGAUGGCUGUAUAGACUUUGGCAAAAGCAAUGUUGCUCUCAGAUGAACGAUUCCCCUUGUGCAGUCGUGUAAGAGUGCUAAAGUCUAUUCACAAGUUCAAA